CUUGGCGACGGGAAUGGGACUCUCCAGUCCGUAGGGGUUCGGCCUACCGAAGGGCUGCGGGUAGGCUAGCGGGCAGGCUAGCGGGCAGGCUAGCGGACUGACCCACGGACCGCGCGCGGAACACACCCGCCCCUGCGCCUUCCGAGCGGGCCCGAGGGUCUCAUGCUGGGUGUUCUGGUCCAGAGGCCUGGAGCGGGGGGUGGUGGCUCAGGGUUGAGAGCCGGGAAACGUGCAGCCAUUUGGGGGCUGGAAGGAAAGCGGAACAAGCAAGCGGUUGAUAAUUGAAUGGAGGGAAGGGGGAUGCUCUCAAUUCUUGUAGAGUGGUCACUGUUUGGGCUUGUAAGCUUUGAAUAAAAGUGUUCGCGCCCUCAUUGAACGUAGUUUUAGGACCGAAAACGCUUUGAAGGGUGGAAGCAUUUUUUCUUUUUAAAAAAGAUUUUCUGGAUUUAACAGGACUGGUUUACGCCCUUAUGAAUAAUCAUGAUAUAUUACCGAAUGGUCAGUUUUUAACAAAGUGUAUUCAUGCUUGUGAAAGAGAUUUGAUCACUUUGGACCAAACUGAAUUAGCUUGCUGAAUACCAGUUUUUUCUAGCUGGACAAAAGCAAAAUUUUUUCACCAUUUCCUUUAACUUUUGUUCACUGAAGCAAUGAAAGAAAAUGAAGAAAACAAGAUAGGACUGCUGCUCAUCUCUGGGCUAACUGGGAAUGGGACUGACCCAAGAAUUGAAUAAAUAGUACAUACAACUGAGGUUGGAAACCCCAAGUUCCACUUAAAAUUGGAGUAUCCCAGAGAAGGAAGUACUAGUGGGCUAGGGGCCAGUUAAAGACAUGGAUUUAGAUGCUAUUAGAGAAUACUCAGCAUUACAUGCCAAACCCAGUGGACUCGUUCUUCAAUAUGGGACCGCUGGCUUUCGAACGAAAGCAGAACAUCUUGAUCAUGUCAUGUUUCGCAUGGGAUUAUUAGCUGUCCUGAGGUCAAAACAGACAAAGUCUACAAUAGGAGUCAUGGUAACGGCAUCACAUAAUCCUGAGGAAGACAAUGGGGUAAAAUUGGUUGAUCCUUUGGGUGAAAUGUUGGCACCAUCCUGGGAGGAACAUGCUACCUGUUUGGCAAAUGCCGAGGAACACGAGAUGCUGAGAGUGUUGAUGGACAUCAGUGUGAAAGCAGCUGUGAAUCUGCACCAAGAUGCCUUCGUAGUGAUUGGUAGAGAUACCAGGCCCAGCAGCGAGAAACUUUCACAGUCUGUAAUAGAUGGUGUGACUGUUUUAGGAGGUCAAUUCCAUGAUUACGGCUUGUUAACAACACCCCAGCUACACUACAUGGUGUACUGUCGAAAUACCAGUGGCCAAUAUGGAAAGGCAACCAUAGAAGGUUACUAUGAGAAACUCUCUAAGGCCUUUAUGGAGCUUACCAAACAGGCUUUCUGCAGUGGAGAUGAAUAUAGAUCACUUAAGGUUGACUGUGCCAACGGCAUAGGGGCCCUGAAGCUGAGAGAAAUGGAACACUACAUUUCCCAGGGUCUGUCAGUUCAGCUGUUUAAUGAUGGAACCAAAGGGAAACUCAACCAUUUAUGUGGGGCUGACUUUGUGAAAAGUCAUCAGAAGCCUCCACAGGGAAUGGAAAUGAAGUCUAAUGAAAGAUGCUGUUCCUUUGAUGGAGAUGCAGACAGAAUUGUUUAUUACUACCUUGAUGUAGAUGGUCACUUUCAUCUCAUAGAUGGAGACAAGAUAGCAACACUAAUUAGCAGUUUCCUUAAAGAGCUCCUGUUGGAGAUUGGAGAAAGUUUGAAUAUUGGUGUUGUGCAAACUGCGUAUGCAAAUGGAAGUUCAACACGGUAUCUUGAAGAAGUUAUGAAGGUGUCUGUCUAUUGUACUAAAACUGGUGUAAAACAUUUGCACCACAAGGCUCAAGAGUUUGACAUUGGAGUUUAUUUUGAAGCAAAUGGGCAUGGCACGGUACUGUUUAGUAAAGCUGCUGAAACAAAGAUAAAACAACUAGCAAAAGAAUUAGAAGAUAAGAAAAGGGAAGCUGCUAAGAUGCUUGAAAAUGUUAUUGACUUGUUUAACCAGGCAGCUGGUGAUGCUAUUUCUGACAUGCUGGUGAUUGAGGCAAUCUUGAUUCUGAAGGGCCUGACUGUACAGCAGUGGGAUGCUCUUUAUACAGAUCUCCCAAACAGACAGCUCAAAGUUAAGGUUGCAGACAGGCAAGUCAUUAGCACCACUGAUGCUGAAAGACAAGUAGUUACACCUCCGGGACUACAGGAGGCCAUCAAUGACCUGGUGAAGAAGUACAAGCUUUCCCGAGCUUUUGUCCGGCCUUCUGGUACGGAAGAUAUAGUCCGAGUAUAUGCAGAAGCGGACUCGCAGGUAAGCUGGGGCAGUGCUAUUGAAAAAAUGUGCAGUGAGAGUCUGACAACAUGGGUAGUGGGGUUGGUGGCAGGAGAGAAAAACUAUUUUAAUAGUGUUGCAGUCUCACUGAUAAUUAAGGGUUUAAUGUCUGAGAUUUGUUUAUGCAGAUUUUUAGGUUCUUAUUAAUACUACAAAAUUAUUUUCAUCAGUAGUUGAACAAAAUUAGAUGCACUUAGUUUAUUUCCCCAGAUAUUUUUCUUUUGAUUUACUACAGACUUCCUGAAACUGCCCUAUUUCUAGCUAUGGUAUGAAUAACAAAUAGAGACUUGGUUUGCCUUAUGUGG